UUAUUACCUUUCAAGGGAAGUGUGAAUCAAACAUAUGCAUAUUAAUACCUUACAUUAUUCUGCUUCUGCCAAACUGCAAGAAGAGUAUUGAAUUAAGAAGAAGCUAAGAUUAAUGACUGCUCCAGGAGUACAUCUACAUCUUCCCGAUGAUCACCAUGUGGUGAUGGACAAUGGCAUUCUCCAAGUGACUUUAUCAGUACCAGAUGGCAUUGUAACUGGAAUUACAUACAAUGGCGUUGAUAAUUUGCUUGAGGUUCUAAAUGAUGAAACAAACAGAGGAUAUUGGGACGUUGUUUGGAGUUCGACAGGAACUACAGGGACUACUGGAACAUUUGAAAGGCUCAUAUGCACAACAUAUAAGGUCAUAUUGGAAACAGAUGAUCAAAUAGAGUUGUCCUUCUCAAGGACAUGGGAUGUGUCGCUUCAGGACGAGAUUAUUCCCCUGAACAUAGACAAAAGGUUUAUAAUGCUUAAAGGUUCCUCGGGGUUCUAUUCUUAUGCAAUUUAUGAACAUUUAGAGGGAUGGCCUGAUUUCAACCUUGAUGAAACUAGGAUUGCAUUCAAGCUCAGAAAAGACAAGUUUCAUUACAUGGCAAUGGAAGAUAACAGGCAGAGAUACAUGCCCUUACCUGAUGACAGGUUACCGGAUAGAGGGCAACCACUUGCUUAUCCAGAAGCAGUCCUGCUUGUCAAUCCCAUCGAGCCUGAGUUCAAAGGCGAGGUUGAUGACAAGUAUCAGUACUCAUGUGAGGACAAAGAUCUCAAGGUCCAUGGAUGGAUUUGUAUGGAUCCAUCACUAGGAUUCUGGAUAAUUAUUCCCAGUGACGAAUUUCGAUCUGGAGGACCCCUUAAACAAAACCUCACAUCUCAUGUUGGUCCAACUGCUCUUUCUGUGUUUCUCAGUGCUCAUUAUGCAGGAGAAGAUUUGGUUCCAAAGUUUAGACAAGGGGAGCCAUGGAAAAAAGUCUUUGGACCAGUUUUUAUAUAUCUGAAUUCUGUCACUUCAGGGGAGGAUCCUCUUACUCUCUGGGAGGAUGCUAAAAAACAGAUGCUGAUGGAAGUUCAAAGCUGGCCUUUCAGUUUUCCAGCCUCUGAGGAUUUUCCAUCAUCGUCUCAACGCGGUAAUAUUAGUGGAAGACUGUUAGUCCUAGACAGAUACUUGAAAGACGAUAAGAUAUCUGCUUCUGGUGCAUAUGUUGGUUUAGCUCCACCAGGAGAAGCUGGUUCCUGGCAAAGAGAAUGCAAGGACUACCAAUUCUGGACAAGAGCAGAUGAGGAAGGCAAUUACGUCAUAAGUAAUAUACGAGCAGGCGACUAUAACUUGUAUGCAUAUGUCCCUGGAUUCAUUGGAGACUACAAGUACGAUAUCAAAAUCACAAUUACCUCAGGUACUAAUUUUCCAUUUUGGCAAGUAGACCAUUAUUUCAAACUUUUCGAGAUUAUGAGCCAAAAAUUAACAUGUUAUAAAUCAGGCUGCAGCAUUGAGAUGGAUGAUCUCGUCUUUGAACCCCCAAGAAAUGGACCUACACUCUGGGAAAUUGGCAUUCCUGAUCGUUCUGCUCGCGAGUUUUACAUUCCUGAUCCUGAUCCAAAAUAUGUUAACAAACUCUUUAUUAAUCAUCCUGAUAGGUUUAGACAGUAUGGGCUAUGGGAGAGAUACGCCGACUUGUAUCCAAAUGGGGAUAUAGUCUUUACAAUUGGAGAGAGUGACUACAAAAAAGAAUGGUUCUUUGUUCAAGUCACUAGGAAAACUGAUGAGAAGACAUAUCAAGGAACAACAUGGCAAAUAAAGUUCAAACUCGACAAUGUUGAUCAAAAUGAAAUCUAUACACUAAGAUUGGCACUUGCAUCAGCAGCUCAAGCUGAACUACAGGUUCGUGUCAAUGAUAAUUCAAGCACGAAUACUCCUCUAUUUUCAAGUGGAGUGAUAGGGAAGGAUAAUGCGAUAGCAAGACAUGGAAUUCAUGGACUCUACUGGCUGUUCAAUGUGAAUUUGCAGGGUACUAUACUAAUUGAAGGGGAAAAUACUAUAUAUUUGACACAAGCAAAUGCAACUAGUCCUUUUCAAGGGAUCAUGUACGAUUAUAUUCGUUUAGAAGGACCUCCUUCCCAUGACUAAGGCAAAUUGUUUGAGAAUU